CUUUCUUACACUUUAAGUCCGUAAUGGCAUGACUCAAUGGGGUGGCGGGCUUCCGCUGCCGUUGCCGCUGAUUCGUUAAACGUAGGGUGUGAUAACUCUGGGUAAUUGGGCUCAUAGACUGGAAGGGGUGCAGAUUUAAUUUUUUAACCGCCUUUCCCCCGCGUAUUUUCGCCUAAAUAUGUGGUCCAUAAUAAUCCGAAGGGACAAUGCGGAGAAACUACUUGUAACAUAUAAAGAGCUCGAAUUUCAUUACUCAGUUCCUCAAAUUUUCAAUUAUGUGAGGGUGCGAGAAUGAAUAAAUCCUUGAGAAGCCAGAAUAAUAAGAGGCAACACAACAGACCCUGUGAUGCGUGCUCUGUGAGAAAGGUGCGGUGCGAUCUCCAUGAGAGGAACGGGUUAUCAUGUACGAAUUGCUCGAACCAUGGAAUAGAUUGUACUGAUGUUAGAGUGAGGAGAAAAUCAGGUCCGAAACGUAUACGGCAAGAAACCAAGAAUCAUAUACUUGAGCUUGUAUCCGGGUCUCAGGCUCGAACUCAGCAGUUCAGCCUCAACCAGAUCAUACCAUACCUUCAGGUGUACCAAAUGUGGUUCUAUCCAAUGUGGCCAAUAGUUUCAACAAAGGAAACGAUAUCUAUGCUUGAAGGCAAUUCCUCAAGUCCUGAUAGCCCUAUACAGUUGGUAAAUGAUAAAGUUGCAGAGCUCUACGCGCUGAGUUGUGCAGUUUGUGCCGCCGUUUCAAGACAUAAACAUUUCUUGCGAUCGUUGGAUGGUGUUUUCAAGCUGAAUGGCUGUCCUCAACCAAGCGAGUAUAUCGAAGAGGCCCGAAGGGUAAUUUAUGAAAGAGAGCUCAAGAUGAACCCGACUCCUAAUCUUCUGGUAACCUCCUAUUUCAUGUACAUGUACUAUGAUAAUGUCCCAGGCGGCACAACACGAGGAUUGGUUUACAUCAGAGAGGCGGUCUCGCUGGCCCAUAUAAUGGGACUCCAUGAAAAGCAAACAUAUGCUUCGAAGUCUCCGGUGGAAUCGCAUUAUUUGAGAAAGAUCUACUAUCAAGUAAUGAUUACUGAAAGGUAUAUUGGCUUUGAGUGCAACUUGCCUGUAAUUCUCGAGCCAAAUGACAUUGAGAUCCCAUCUCUGCAAGAUGACGAUUAUCCUGAUCUGCUGUUGGGGUUUACAGAGUUGGCACAUGUUUUCAGCAGCACUGAUAACUAUUUCUUCAAAGAGUUACAGAGCAACAGGUCCAAACAUAGUAGUUUGAAUGACUUUUUGAGCUCGAUGUUUCCCACUCAAGACGAUUCUGUUAAGAAGAACUGGUUGUACCAAAUACAGAAGAAACUCUGCCGCAAAAUUCAAAGCGAUUGCACUGUUACUGAUGCUCAGAAGGUGAACAUUAUUCUGUCAAAGGCAUGGUUCCAGAGCUUGGCAUGGUUGAUGUCUUCAGAAAACUUCCUCCUUCAAGAAGAUGUAGACUCGACCCACUGCUUCAGCACGAGCUAUCCUCUCAGCAUUGCGAAGGAAUUCCUAAAGUCCACCAAUGGGCUACCUGACUAUGCUUUUGAAUCGAACGGGCCUGGUGCAGCGAUGAAACUUUUGGAGAUUGCAAAUUCUUUGUACACUUCCAGCAUCACCAUGUUGGAUCCAAGUUGUGAGCCAAUGACUUUGGACUGUUUAAAUGAGAUAUUCAGCAUGGUGGUAAGGUUGAAGAGCGAUAUGGAAUUGCCAAAAGAUAUAUAUGGGAAAAUUUUAUCAUUUUUGGAAUCCAAGAGGUUCUCCCAAACAAGACUUCUUUCUGACCAUGAAGCUCUUCUCUAUGAAAUGAAAGAGGGAAAAAUUGAAGAGAUUUUUGAAAGUUAUGACAACAGCAAUGCCACGAACUCCAUCGCACUACCUCAACAAACAAAGGAGUUAUCUCUUUCGAGGUCAUCUUCUGUUUUGUUAUUGACGGAGAUGCAAGAUUCAUCGGUGACACCAAAUUGUUGGUCGCCAUUCUUAUUGAGUAGUACAUAGAGUACAUUCUUUAAUCGCUAAAAUUAACUGUGUUUUCGUUGCAUAUAAAGCUCUCAUAGCUGCUAUUUCCAUUUUUGUGUCAAACUGGGGCAGGAGAUACCAGCUUUGGCAUUCCAUAAAUCCUCUCAAAAGCAACACCAUAGGAGAGCACACACCACAAGCUUCUAUAAAAACAGUGGCACAGUCGCUUUGAAUAUCCUGCUAGAAUCCUGCUAAAGCAUCACAGUGAUAGUAACCCCUCUAACAAUGCCUAACGUUUCCAAACAAAGCCAGCAAGGUUCUCGUAU